AUGAGCAGGUACACCAGCCCGGUGAACCCGGCUGUCUUCCCCCAUCUGACCGUCGUGCUCUUGGCCAUUGGCAUGUUCUUCACCGCCUGGUUCUUUGUUUAUGAGGUAACCUCCACCAAGUACACGCGAGAUAUCUACAAAGAGCUCCUCAUCUCCUUGGUGGCCUCACUCUUCAUGGGCUUUGGGGUCCUCUUCCUGCUGCUCUGGGUCGGCAUCUACGUGUGA